UUGACCAGUGACCAAUUUCAGAAGUUUACAAAAUACAGUAUGAUAUUCUUUAACAGAUUCGAUCAGUAUCCAUUGUCUCCCUUAUCGCUAAAAGCAAUGAAGGAAGCUGGAUACGAGACAAUGACUGUUGUGCAGAAAGCUACUCUUCCUGUAAUUCUCAAAGGCAAAGAUGUCCUAACUAAGGCCAAAACAGGAACUGGGAAAACUGUAGCGUUUUUGCUUCCAUCAAUUGAAGUCGUUGUCAAAUCUCCUCCUACAAGCCCGGAUAAUAAGCGACCCCCAUUUCUUGCGCUUGUGAUAUGCCCAACUAGAGAACUUGCCAAUCAAGCUGCUACAGAAGCAAACACCUUGUUAAAGUAUCAUCCAACUAUCGGUGUUCAAGUUGUGAUUGGAGGCACAAGACUUGGUUUAGAGCAAAAGCGCAUGCAAACAAAUCCUUGUCAGAUUUUAGUGGCUACACCUCGAAGGCUCAAAGACCAUAUCGAGAACACGCCAGGAUUUGCGACAAGGUUAAAGGGUGUGAAAGUUCUUGUGCUUGAUGAAGCUGACCACCUUUUAGACAUGGGUUUCCGCAAGGACAUUGAGAGGAUAAUUUCCGCUGUUCCUAAGGAGAGACAAACUUUUCUGUUUUCCGUCACAGUACCUGAAGAGGUCCGCCAAAUAUGCCUUAUUGCUCUGAGGCGGGAUCACGAGUUUGUCAACUGUGUUCACGAAGGCACUGGUGAGACGCAUCAACAGGUCAGACAAACGCACAUGAUUGCACCUCUGGACAGACAUUUCUGUCUUCCGUACACACUUCUUCGCGAACACAUAAUGGAUAAUGUGGACUAUAAGGUAAAACCGGCGCCUAUUGCAGACCCUGAUGACAACCUCUUGUUCCUGAAGGUCAUUGUCCUCUGUACAACUGCAAUGGUUACAAAAUUAGUGGCUGAUCUACUUGGUGAGCUAAACUUAAAUGUGAGAGAGAUUCAUUCUAGAAAACCACAGAGUUACAGGACAAGGGUUUCUAAUGAGUUCCGAAAAUCCAAGGGUUUGAUUCUGGUAACUUCUGAUGUAUCUGCUCGAGGAGUCGAUUACCCUGAUGUGACCCUUGUUUUACAGGUGGGAUUGCCAAAAGACAGAGAACAAUAUAUACACAGACUCGGUAGAACCGGGAGAAAAGGAAAGGAAGGAGAAGGCAUAUUGUUGUUGGCACCAUGGGAGGAGUACUUUCUAUCAUCUCUGAAGGACUUACCCAUCACUAAGUCUUCUUUGCCAGCAAUAGACUCCGAAACUGUGAAAAAGGUGCAAAAGGCUCUUUGCCAUGUGGAAAUGAGGAACAAGGAGGCAGCGUAUCAGGCUUGGUUGGGUUACUAUAACUCACAAAAGAUGAUUGGAAGAGACAAAGACAGGCUUGUGGAGUUGGCAAACGAAUUUAGUCAUAGUAUGGGGUAAUACAAUACAAUUUGAUUAUUCACUAAAAAUAAAAGCUGGCGGCCCACUUUGGACGUUAAAUCAGCCCAUUAUUUUGUUAACCGACUAAAAUCGGAAAAUCGAAGUGUAUAUAUAUAUUGCUACUACUUGCUAGGUUUACCCAA